UGUGGCUUCCGGGUGGUGGCGGAAAGAAGCGGGGAACCAAAAAUAAACAUGUGCUGUACAUUUUUUUAGGUUUUAUUCGUGAAUCCGUGCUUGAUUAAAUUAAAAAAUUGUAGAAAGUUGUUGUCGAAAAAGUUUAAAGAGCCUAUGGAUAACACCGCUGAACCUUCCUUGGCCAAGGAAGCCGUGCUUCAGGAAAGUUGCCGCCUGCCCGAAGGUACCCCGCAAGUGAAAGGCUAUGAUUGGAAUUCGGGCAGAGAUUACGAGGCCUUGUUUCAGUCCUAUCUUCACUCCGGAUUUCAGGCCACAAAUCUGGGAUUGGCCAUUAAAGAGGUCCAGAAAAUGAUAGACUGUCGGGCACUUCAAAUCCCAGAGGACAAACUAGACAGCUAUGAAGAGGACGAAUUCAUCAAACGAAAAUCGAACUGUACCAUCUUUCUGGGCUACACGUCCAACAUGGUCUCCUCCGGAGUUCGCGAAACGAUUCGCUUCCUGGUCCAGCACAAGUUGGUAGAUUGCAUUGUAACAACGGCCGGAGGCGUAGAAGAGGACCUAAUCAAAUGCCUCGCCCCUACUUUUGUCGGUUCCUUUGAACUGGAAGGCAAGCGUUUGAGGGAACAAGGUAUCAAUCGGAUUGGAAAUUUACUUGUGCCCAAUGAAAAUUAUUGCAAAUUUGAAAAUUGGGUAAUUCCGAUAUUGGAUGAAAUGUUAGAGGAACAAAAAAGUAAAGGAUCAUUGUGGACUCCAUCUAAGGUCAUUCAAAGGCUCGGCGAGCGGAUUAACGAUGAAUCUUCGAUUUACUAUUGGGCCGCCAAGAAUCGGAUACCGGUUUUCAGUCCUGCCCUUACCGAUGGUAGUUUGGGAGAUAUGAUGUACUUCCACUCGUUCCGGAACCCGGGCUUGGUUUUAGACAUCAUAUCCGAUUUGAGGAGAUUGAAUACGAUGGCAGUGAAGGCCGUGAACUCUGGAGUUAUAAUAGUUGGGGGUGGAGUCAUCAAGCAUCAUAUCUGCAAUGCCAAUCUGAUGAGAAAUGGAGCAGAUUUUUCGGUGUUCAUCAACACUGCCUCCGAAUUCGAUGGUAGCGAUAGUGGCGCCAGGCCGGACGAAGCCGUUUCCUGGGGUAAAAUUAAGAAAGACGCUACACCGGUUAAAGUCUACGCAGAAGCUAGUCUUGUGUUUCCUAUCCUGGUGGGAGAAACCUUUGUUAAAAACCAUUUUAAAAAAUAAACUUAACUAUAAUGUUUAAUUACGAAUGUUAA